CAAUUACGGUGCGUACGGUGUUGGACAGCAACCAAGGGAAGGGAAGGGAGACCGCACGCAUUGCCGGCGGCCGGUUACUCCACUUGCCUCCUCCUCCAAUUCAAUCGGCGGCGAGGACGAGGCGGAUGCGCCUUCUCCGCCUCCGCCUCCCGCUGCCAGCGCUACCCCCAAGCCCAAAUCCAACAACCAAAUCCUUCUUCUCAUUAUCCUCUUGUUGGCCAGGAGUCACGCGCACCAGCCCCACCAGCCACCACAAGCAGAUGUCGACGACCUCCUCCUCCGCGGCGGCCGUCGCCGAGGGCUCUGCCGCCCGCCGCUUCUGGAUCGCCGCCUCCUCGCGGGAGGCCGCCUUCGCCACGUACACGCCCUUCCUCCUCUCCCUCGCCGCGGGGUCACUCCGCCUCGAUUCCUUCCGCCACUACCUCGCGCAGGACGCCCACUUCCUCCACGCCUUCGCACGCGCCUACGAGAUGGCCGAGGAGUGCGCCGACGACGACGAUGACAAGGCCACCAUCACCGCCCUUCGGAAAGCCAUCCUCCGCGAGCUCAACCUCCACUCUUCCGUACUCCAGGAGUGGGGAGUUGAUCCUACCAAAGAGAUCCCUCCAAGCCCAGCAACAACCAAGUACACUGAUUUCUUACUUGCAACUGCAGCUGGAAAAGUUGAUGGUGGGAAAGGUUCUGAUAAAAUGGCCACACCAUUCGAGAAGACAAAAAUUGCUGCGUACACUGUUGGGGCGAUGACUCCGUGCAUGAGGCUUUAUGCAUAUCUUGGCAAAGAACUCGGCGUUUUCCUGAAACAAGAUGAAAAUCACCCAUACAAGAAAUGGAUCGAUACGUAUGCAGCCACUGACUUUGAGAGUAAUGCACUCCAAAUAGAAGAGUUGCUUGAUAAACUAAGUGUCUCUUUAACUGGUGAGGAGCUCGAGAUUAUUGGGAAGCUCUACCAACAAGCUAUGAGAUUGGAGGUUGAGUUUUUCUCUGCUCAGCUCCUCGAAGAACCUGUUGUAGCUCCACUUUCAAGAUAUCGUGAUCCCAAAGACAAGCUCGUGAUUUUUUCUGAUUUUGAUUUGACAUGCACUGUUGUUGAUUCGUCUGCCAUUUUGGCGGAGAUUGCGAUUUUAUCACACCAAAAGGCUAGUCAGAGUGGGUCUGAUAAUGUCCUUGACCGUACAAAAUCAGCAGACCUGAGAAAUUCAUGGAAUAUGCUAUCUAAUCAGUACAUGGAAGAGCAUGAGCAAUGCAUACAAAAGUUACUUCCUCCAGAAGAAGCAAAGUCAGUAGACUACGAUCAACUAUACAAAGGUCUUGAAGUGCUAUCAGAAUUUGAGAGACAGGCAAAUUCUAGGGUUAUUGAUUCCGGUGUCUUGAGGGGAAUGAACUUAGAUGAUAUCAGAAAAGCUGGGGAGCGGCUUAUUCUGCAAGAUGGUUGUCGAAAUUUCUUUAAGAAGAUUGGAGAGACAAGGGAGAAGGUCAAUUUAGAUAUCCAUAUUCUUUCGUACUGCUGGUGUGCAGAGCUUAUUAGGUCAGCCUUUUCAUCAGUUGGUUGUCUUGACGGAGUAAACAUACAUUCCAACGAGUUUACCUUUGAGGGAUCUGUUUCAACUGGUCACAUCAACAGAAAGAUAGAGUCUCCACUAGACAAAGUUGAGAAGUUCAAAAUCAUCAAAAGUGACCUGGAUAGUAUAACACCAUCGUUGUCUGUUUAUAUCGGGGACUCAGUUGGAGAUUUGCUUUGCUUGUUGGAAGCAGAUGUUGGCAUUGUUGUUGGAUCAAGCACAACCUUGCGGAGAGUGGGCAAACAGUUUGGUGUUUCUUUUGUUCCGUUGCUUCCUGGUUUGGUAGAGAAGCAAAGGCGGCUCUGGAAGCAAGAAGCAUCCAUCUUCAAGGCGCGAUCUGGAGUUCUUCAUACGGUUUCUAGCUGGUCAGAGGUACAGGCCUUCAUUCUGGGAAAUGAUUCCAGCUGAUUGUUGCUGGCUGCCCUUAUCACUCUCUUUUCCUUUGGCAACAAGACUGGUACCAGCUCAUGCAAAUCAGACGUGAAAUCCCCGUUGUGGCCAUUUUAUGAAAGCCACAUUGCUAUUCACCUCCUAUAUGAGUACCCUGUGUCCUGAAAUGGUUUAGUUUGUAUGAUCAAUGUGUAAUUGAUUACACUUGAGUUGUCUUUCCAUUUGGGAUCAUUUCUUAUAAUCGCGGGAGUGGUUCCUGUACUGGCAUCGCUACAGAACAGAGUGGUAUACUGUCUCCAGGUGUUUCCCAGGUGCAAGCGUAGAGCUGUUUUUGGCAAUGAAAUUUGAGAUUGCUAUAUGUUUGUUUGUUUGACUAUAUAUCCUUAUCCUGGGACUGAUCAUAGCUGAGAUGAUUGGAGGCAGAACAUUCAAGAUGUAAAAUCACAUAGGAUGAUAAACAAAAUACUCCCUCUGUUUCGAAGUAAAUAUAAUUGAUGUUUUGGCA